GCUACUGCACUGGAAUAACUGCGCGCUGCAGAAACGCAGGAGGAAUACAGGAUUGCUCAUAUUUAAUCACCUGUCAGUCCCAGGCAAUGAGCAUUUUACAUUGAAGGUUUAUGAAGAAGGAAUAAGCUUGAACCAUGACGAUUGAUUUUGAAGAAUGCAUUAAAGAUUCUCCCAGAUUCAGGGCCACCAUAGAUGAAGUGGAAAAUGAUGUGGUUGAAAUUGAAGCAAAGCUAGACAAGCUGGUGAAACUCUGCAGUGGGAUGAUAGAUGCUGGAAAGGCCUACAUCAGUGCCAACAAACUGUUUGUGAACGGCGUCCGAGACCUGUCACAGCAAUGCAAAAAGGAUGCCAUGAUUUCAGAAUGUCUGGAGAAGUGUGGAGAGACCCUUCAGGAAAUGAUCAACUACCACAUGAUACUUUUUGAUCAAGCUCAAAGAUCUGUCAAGCAACAGCUUCAGAAUUUUGUAAAAGAGGAUGUGCGGAAAUUCAAAGAGACCAAGAAGCAGUUUGAUAAAGUGAGGGAAGACGUGGAGAUCGCACAGGUGAAGAACGCACAGGCCCCCCGAAACAAACCCCACGAGGCAGAGGAAGCCACGGGAACCCUUACCGUCACCCGCAAGUGCUUCAGACACCUGGCACUCGACUACGUGCUGCAGAUCAGCGUUCUUCAGGCGAAGAAGAAAUUUGAAAUAUUAGAUGCGAUGCUGUCUUUCAUGCACUCCCAGUACACUUUCUAUCAACAAGGCUACAAGCUGCUUGAUGAAAUCGACCCCUACAUGAAGAAGCUUGCGGCAGAGCUGGAUCAGCUGGUGAUUGACUCUGCAGUUGAGAAGAGGGAUAUGGAGCACAAACAUGCAAUCAUACAACAGCGGACUCUUAUGCAGGACUUUUCCUACGAUGACUCCAAAGCAGAGUUCAAUGUGGACGCCUCUAAUGGAGUGGUCGUGGAAGGCUAUCUGUUUAAGAGAGCCAGCAAUGCCUUCAAGACAUGGAACAGGAGGUGGUUCUCAGUACAGAACAGCCAGCUGGUGUACCAGAAGAAACUAAAGGAUACACUCACUGUGGUGGUGGAGGACCUGAGGCUUUGCUCAGUCAAGCCUUGUGAGGACAUUGAGCGCCGCUUCUGCUUUGAAGUCGUCUCCCCGACAAAGAGCUGUAUGCUGCAAGCUGACUCUGAGAAGCUGCGUCAGGCCUGGAUCCACGCUGUGCAGGCCAGCAUAGCCUCCGCCUACAGGGAGAGCCCAGACAGUUUCUGCAUCCAAAAGCUGGACCGCACCGCUUCCCCCUCCACCAGCAGCAUCGACUCUGCCAGCGACUCUCGAGACCGCAGCCUCAAAGGGGAGAGCAUCCUGCAGCGCGUUCAGUCCAUCCCGGGGAACGAGGUGUGCUGUGACUGUGGACAGGCAGACCCACGCUGGGCCAGCAUCAACCUGGGCAUCCUGCUGUGCAUCGAGUGCUCGGGGAUCCACAGGAGUUUGGGUGUCCACUGCUCUAAGGUCCGUUCGCUCACUUUAGACUCCUGGGAACCGGAGCUACUGAAGCUGAUGUGUGAGUUGGGUAACAAUAUUAUGAACCACAUUUAUGAAACCAGGUACGAAGAGCUUGGUCUCAAGAAGCCGGUAUCUUCCAGUUCAAGGCAGGAGAAGGAGGCUUGGAUCAAAGCCAAAUAUGUGGAGAAAAAGUUCCUGAAGAAGAUGCCCAUUGUAGAGGCUCUGAGGGAAGUGGAGCAGAAAUCACGCCGGUGGAGCGUGAAAAAAUGCCAGAGACACAACAGCUCCACCAAAGUACCAGCCACUCGCAGGAGAUACAGACAGGAAGUGGGGAAUGCAUCCCCUGCAACCCUCGUCUCAGGUACAGCGCAGCUCUGCCAGGAUGGAGCCCAGUGUAGAGAGCCUGUCAAAUCAGCAGCUGCUCUAGAGAGGAAGUUCCGCAGGGACUCGCUCUUCUGUCCUGAUGAACUCGACACCCUCUUCUCCUACUUCGACACGGGGUCUGGGCCACGCAGUCCUGCAGGUUUGAGCAGUGACAGUGGUCUGGGAGGCAGUACGGAUGGCAGCACAGAUAUCCUGGUCUUCGGUUCAGUGGUUGACAGCGUCACCGAAGAAGAGUGCGAGGUUUCCGAGGAGUCGAGUGGGGAAGCUGAGAUUGAGCAGGAGGCAUCGGACACGGAGGACCUGAGGGAGCUGACCCCGGGGAUGCUCAUUUACAAGGCAGCCCAGGCUCGCAACAUGCCAGUCAUGGCAGAAGCCUUGGCUCACGGAGCUGACGUCAACUGGAUUAACGACGAGGAUGAGAACAAGACCCCUCUCAUACAAGCGGUUACUGGGGGUUCUUUAAUAGCCUGCGAGUUCCUUCUGCAGAAUGCGGCUGACGUUAACCAAAGAGACAUCCGUGGAAGGGGCCCCCUUCACCACGCCACAUAUCUGGGACACACCGGUCAAGUAUGCCUGUUUCUGAAAAGAGGAGCCAAUCAGCACGGUGAAGACGCGGACGGGCAGGACCCCCUCAGCAUAGCUGUUCAAGCUGCCAACGCAGACAUCGUCACCCUGCUGCGGCUGGCUCGGAUGAAUGAGGAGAUGCGGGAGUCUGAAGGCCCUUUUGGACAGCCAGGAGAUGCCACCUACCUUGACAUCUUUAGAGAAUUCUCUCACAUGGCAUCGAACAAUCCUGAAAAGCUGAACCGCCGCAGUGCGCAUUUCAGCCAUUCCUGCAGGAAAGGAAGAGAGCUAGCCUCACUGGACCUGCUUCUACUUGAAAUGUCUCCACAGCCAGUUAAUGAGAACAAUGUCAACUAGUGACAGGACAACUCUUCAAACACAUAUGUGACCGUCCUUGGUUUAGUGCACCUUGUCUUUGAGUGCAGCUGAUGGUUAAAGUGAUUAUAACACAAUAAUUCAAGAAAUUGUUCCCAUUUUGCACUUUUGUGCAGUUUUGAAAGAAACACAUGCAUUUUCAUUUUAAAAACAUGAUCUCUGGUACUACAACAGGAUGUGAAAGUUCUAUGUUUCCAUGCCUUAUUCGCAGGAUAUCUGUUACACUUCCUGGGUCAUUUCACCUCAGCAGUGUCUUCUGGGUGAAAGCAUGUCAGUCAAUAGGGGAAGCUGUCAUUAAAGGGGUGGAUGCUUCUUGCAAACAGAGAUUUCUUUACCUAAAGUAAUAUCAGAUAGUAUUUCAAAUAAAUGUAAAUUUAACAUGUGUGUCUUUCAAAACUGCACAUUUGAGACCUGUAUAAAGAACAGAAGUGAACAGCAGGUAUGACUGGUGGAGUUUCUUUAUAGCUGUGUCCUCUUUAAUAAUCCCUUGGUAACACUGUAAUGUUCAGAACUAGACAUUCCACAAGGAUGCCACAGGAAGAAGAUGUGCCCCUUCGUGUGUUUUCUAUUCUAUAGGUUCUUAUUGUUGCAUAGGUUUGGAUUGUAUCAGUGGUGUGGAUCCUCUGAUCAACUGCUGGAGGAAGUGCAGGACGUUUCCUCCAUGUUUCAUCAUUGCUUUUCAUUUGAUUUCAUAAUGUGUUUUUAUAAUGUGUUUCUAUAAUGUGUUUUACUGCCUAAGCUCGCUAUACUCCACCAAUAGUUACCCGGUACAAAUCAAGGCAUAGUGAUGCUUAAAUAGAUGAACUUAGGCUUCUAAUACACUGGUGUGUGGAAGAAAUGACUAUGAUUCACAUGAACCAUGAUUUUCCACCCAUGGUGAUUUUGGUUGUGUGAAUGCGUAUUUCCAUUGGGUUGUUUUAAUUCUCACAGAUGGUCUUAGUCCAGCAGGUUGUUAUGAAAUACACUCACAAAAUGAACUAUGUCUUGAACAUUUCACUGCAGCAGCAUAUUAGUUUGAAACAGACAAAUGUAACUGCAGUUCAGAAAUGUAUUCUUGGUCAAGCUGACAGUCUGCAGCUCUUUUCCAUUGAUUUUCACACAAGGCUGUUUCAAGCAGUAGAUUAAAAGGACAGACAGCAGCAGUCUGUUAAAAGACCAUGUGCUAUUGUUUAAUAAAGCAU